UUCAACUCUCUUUCUUUCUUUUUCACUCGCUCCCCGCGUUCUCCAACAACCGAUCACAUUUACGCCUUCGCAACACGCGCAAAGCCGAGAGAUCCGCGAAGAUCGGGAUAUUCUACGAUACGCUCGGAAUUUGUCUUCCUGAAAUCGCAAACGCAAACUGCCCACCAUGUCGGACCCGUUACUCUUCGAGGAUACCUUCACCGUCACGGGGAUCAAUCAGCAGAAAUACGACCGCGUGUCGCGCUUGACUUGCACCUCGUCGGAUAACUUCACCACCUUCACGCUGGAUGUCAACACCGAGCUGUACCCGUGCGCCGUGGGCGAGUCGCUCAACAUGGCUCUGGCGUCGACGCUGUCGCUGGAUGGCAAGGAUGACUCCGGGGCUAAGACGGGCUGGAAGGAGGUUGGCAUGGGCGAGCAGACUCUGGCGAACGAUUACGACUAUGUCUGCCAUGGCAAGGUUUACCGGUUCGAGGAGGGCUCGACGUCGGGAAACAUGGCUGUUUUCAUCUCCUUUGGCGGACUGUUGCUCUACCUUGAAGGUCCCUACAAGAAGCUGGCGCCCUUGAGGAUCGACUACGUGUACCUUCUCCUGAAGAAAUGAAGAUGAAGACGAGGAUUCUUGACAUUUUUGAACCCUGCCUUUCCUGGGUUGUAAGAGUUAUCUGGCCCGAUAUUGGCGGCCGGGGUAGUCCAAAAAAGUCUGUUUGCAUUGAUUGGGGUCCUUCGAUUGCAGCGCUGGCGUUCGAUUGGUGAAUGGGUAUAUCAAAUAGAACCACUAAAUAUCUCUUCCUAUCACA